AUGGCAGCCGCGCUGCUGCGACCGCAGGACGAGCUGCAGGUCGUGACGGUUGUGUCUUCUGAGGAGAGCCGCGCCUUCGGAGAGGCCCUGCUGCGCCCCUUCUUGGAGCAGACCCCUUCUGGGAGCAGCGGCGGCAGCAGCGGCAGCAGCUCCGGUGCCGCCACGGGCGCAGCGGCCGCGGCGGCUGCCUUGCCGGCGCUGGCCGCGUCGCCGGUGGUGCUUAUCAAGGGCGACCAGAGGCUGAGUGACGUCAUCGCCGAGUACGCAGAGGCUAGCCGCGCCGACCUGGUGGUGUGUGGCUCCCACCAUCUGAGCACGACAGGCACGCGCGACGACCCCAUGCCGGCGUCCGGGUCCUUUGCGCUGCGCCUGGUUCGGGCGGUGCGCUGCUGCCCCCUGCUGGUGGUCAAGUCAAACAGCACUGGCGCCUACCUGCGCAGCGGGACCGCAGCAGCAGGCCUGCGCGUGAUGGUGGACUGCCAGAGCAACACGCGCCACCUGCUGUCGUGGCUGAUGGACCGGCUGGACCCCGACAAGGCGACACUCUUCCUGGCAGUGGGGCGCGCGGUGGACCAGGGCACUGGCAUGGUGAAGGAGACCGCGCGCCGCAUGCUGACCAACUACACAGCCCAGGCGACCGUCAGCGACUUCUACACUGCGCAGCGCCUGUUCAAGGAGCCGGGGGCCAAGGCGCUGCCAGAGGCUGCCCAGGUGGACGGCGUCGACAUCAUCGCGCUGCAGGCGCCGCCCUGCAAGACGCUGCCGCAGUCCAUAUCUGACGUGCUGCACGGCGCGCGCACCAGCAUCCUCGUGUUCAACGCGCCGGUGGCACAGGACGCAGCGCUGCUCGGCGGUGACGACCUGGCGGUCGGGAUGACGGCUGGCGCGGCGCUGGCAGGGGCGCGUGUCUAG